AUCAUUAAUCAUCAGGCCCAGACGACAGCACAAAAGAAAACUGCGUGAGAAAAAUCAAUAAUAAAAGAUUUUCACCAGCAGCAGCAGAAGAGUUAGCAGAAAAGUGUUUUGUGGAAAAUCUGGUGAAAAUUUAGUGACCUCCGAUUGAAAAUCGUAAUUGAAAGCAUCCGACGAUGGCUGAUAACGAGCAGAAAGCGCUGCAGCUAAUUGCAGAAGCAGAGAAGAAGCUAAAUUCGUCGAAGAGCUUUUUGGGAUCUCUUUUUGGUGGUGGUUCGAACAAGGUUGAGGAAGCGGUAGAAUGCUACCAACGGGCGGCCAACAUGUUCAAAAUGGCCAAAAAAUGGGCCCAAGCGGGAUCGGCUUUCUGUGAGGCGGCCAACCUGCACGCUAAGGCCGGAAGCCGUCACGAUGCGGCCACCAACUAUGUCGACGCGUCCAACUGUUAUAAGAAGAUCGAUCCAAACGAAGCCGUCAGUUGUCUGCUGAAGUCCAUCGACAUUUACACCGACAUGGGUCGGUUCACCAUGGCUGCCAAGCAUCAUCAAACUAUUGCCGAGAUGUACGAAAACGAAGCGAAUGAUUUGCAACGUGCCGUGCAGCACUACGAGCAGGCCGCGGACUACUUCAAGGGUGAAGAAUCGACCAGCUCGGCCAACAAAUGCAUGCUGAAGGUGGCGCAGUACGCUGCACAGUUGGAGGACUACGAGAAGGCCAUCCAGAUCUACGAACAGGUGGCCGGAUCGUGCCUGGACAGUUCCCUGCUCAAGUACAGCGCCAAGGAGUACUUCUUCCGAGCCGCUCUCUGCCAUCUGAGUGUCGAUUUGCUGAACGCUCAGCACGCUCUCGAAAAGUACGCACAACAGUACCCGGCUUUCCAGGACUCGCGGGAGUACAAAUUGGUUAAGACCCUGUGCGAACAUCUGGAAGAGCAGAACGUGGACGGUUUCACCGAAGCGGUCAAGGAGUACGAUAGCAUCUCCCGGUUGGAUCAGUGGUACACCACCAUCUUGCUGAGAAUCAAAAAACAGGCCAACGAUAAUCCCGAUCUGCGAUAAAUUGAUGAGCCACGAAAUUGCGAUUUGCACUGGAAAGUAGAACUCACGCGUUCAACCCCAUCUUACUCUAUAUUAUAUUACUAACUACUACCUACUACUAUCAGCGAAAGAUUUGUUCGAUUCGGAAGGGAUAUUUCUUAGGAUAUUAGCAAAACAACAACUAAGAAAGGACAAUUACUAAUCGAUGGAUGUGUGCGUGCUAAUACGGCAAAAGUGUAGGAUCGCUAUCGUUUUUAUUAGUCUUAGUUUCCAAUAUUAUAUAUAAUGCAUAUUGAAAAACAAGAAACAAAAACAUAGCAUUAGUUGAAAAGACUUUACAUGAAUGAAAUAUAAUCCACAGAGAAGAGAGUGAUGGAAAUGUACUUUAUUAUCACGUGUAUGUUUAUGUUUGUUUUUGUUUAACGCGGAGCUACCAUUCCGUUUUAGUUGUUACAAAAUGCAACAGAUGAAGCGAAGGAAAUGUUACAGUUAUCUAAUGCAGAUUUUGUGUUGUUUAUUAUUUGUCUCUACAACAAUAAUUAUACAAUGUUAGUGAACAGCUAUCAUAAAUACAGAAGAAAAAUAGUGUCAAGCGUUCCAACAACCAUUACCAACAGUGUAAAACAGCGCAGAACAAUAAAUCCUUAAACUCAGAAAGUGGGGUUUUUCAAAAAUUUCCUGAAAAAUCUCACUUUGAUCGAAUUUUUUCGAUCCUUUUAGUUCUAUCUCACUAGUCAGAACUCAUUGCAGAGAAUAAUAAAUAAAUUCCAACAGCAAACGUUACAAGUAUAUCACUAAUCCAGUCACGUCGAUAUAGCAACAAAGGUCCGAUUAAUGCACUCUAAAAAUAAAACAGAAAAAUGUCUUUGAAAAUAUCAUUGCUUCGAAAAUAAAGCGUCGUUAUUCAUACAUGAAAAACCAACAACAUCCCAUACCCAUACAUAUUGGGAAACCAGAGAAGAACCGAAAGAAACCUACCCACUAAACUGCAUAAAUAUAAGCUAAGAAUUUGAAAUACCCCAACAAAAUUCUCUAUCUCUAGCUAUAUUCUAGUAAAUCAACAAAAGAAGAAACGAAUCAGAGGAUAUUCGUUACUGA